AUGACGGCUAAUGGGAGGGUACCGGAGGGAUACUGGGAGCAGGUGAAGGCACUCGAAAUUGGGCUGCCUUCAUCCGGUCUCGAGAGGUAUCUUUUGGCGAAUUCUAAAACUGCUCAGUUUGAUAUUUUGCAAACUACGAAGCGAUUUGAGCAUCUACUGUCCCUUAGUGGGUUGUUCAGACAUUUCAUCGAGAACAAAGCUCAAAGAGAUGACAAGUUCAAGCAAGUUCUACAGUGUCUACAUGAUAGACAAGAUUCUAACAUGAAGAAAUCCAAUUCGCACCAUGACGUGAGAAGGGCGCGUAAAAGUGAAUUUGAAGAGGACGCUGAGCUGCUGAAAGAGGAAGAGGAAGAUUCUGACGAGGCAGAUGGAAUCGAUUUUCAAUUCAGAGAGUCUCCAACUUUCAUUGACGGUGAAUUAAGAGACUAUCAAGUGCAGGGCUUAAAUUGGCUUGUAGCCCUUCAUAAAAGCGAACUAGCAGGGAUAUUGGCGGACGAAAUGGGGCUUGGAAAAACAUUACAAACGAUUUCAUUUCUCGGUUACCUAAGGUACAUUGAAAAGAAAAGGGGUCCGUUCCUUGUGAUUGCGCCCAAAUCCACCCUAAACAACUGGCUCCGAGAGAUCAAUAAAUGGACUCCUGGUGUAGACGCCUUUAUAUUGCAGGGUGAUAAAGAUGAGAGAUCGAAACUGAUUCAAGAAAGGCUGAUGACGUGUAAGUUUGAUGUUGUAAUUGCCUCUUAUGAAAUUAUCAUUAGGGAAAAGGCAUCCUUUAGAAAGUUUGACUGGGAAUACAUCAUGAUUGAUGAGGCUCACAGGAUUAAAAAUGAGGAAUCAAUGCUUUCGCAGGUUCUGAGAGAAUUCACAUCUCGAAAUAGGCUGUUAAUCACGGGUACACCUUUGCAAAACAAUUUACACGAAUUAUGGGCUUUGUUGAACUUCUUGUUACCAGAUAUUUUCUCCGAGUCACAAGAUUUUGACGAUUGGUUUUCCUCCGAGUCCUCUUCCGACGAGAAAAACCAAGAAAAUAUUGUCAAACAGUUACACACUGUGCUGCAACCUUUCUUAUUGCGUCGUAUUAAGAGUGAUGUGGAAACCUCGCUUUUGCCCAAACAGGAAUUGAACGUCUACGUCGGUAUGUCGGCAAUGCAAAAGAGAUGGUACAAGAACAUCCUGGAAAAGGAUUUGGAUGCGGUAAACGGAGCCAACGGUGCCAAGGAAUCCAAGACAAGGCUACUGAACAUUGUAAUGCAAUUGAGAAAGUGCUGUAAUCAUCCAUAUUUGUUUGAUGGUGCUGAGCCGGGUCCACCGUACACCACUGACGAACAUUUGGUUUUUAACUCUGAGAAAUUGAGAGUGCUGGACACACUAUUGCGGAAACUGAGGGAGAAUGGUUCUCGUGUUUUGAUCUUUAGUCAAAUGUCGAGAGUGCUGGACAUACUGGAAGAUUACUGUUAUUUCAGGGAUUAUGAAUACUGCAGAAUUGAUGGUUCAACCGCCCACGAAGAUCGUAUUGAAGCGAUUGACGAGUACAACGCCCCUGACUCCAAAAAAUUCAUCUUCCUACUGACUACACGUGCUGGUGGUCUUGGUAUCAACCUAACAAGUGCUGAUAUUGUUGUAUUAUACGAUUCUGAUUGGAAUCCACAGGCAGAUUUACAAGCGAUGGAUAGAGCACACCGGAUCGGGCAAAAAAAACAGGUGAAAGUGUUCAGGUUUGUCACUGAUAACUCUGUUGAGGAGAAAAUUUUGGAGAGAGCUACGCAGAAACUGAGGUUGGACCAACUUGUCAUCCAGCACAACAAAACUUCCUUGAAUAAGCAGAAGAAGGAGAACAAGAAUGAAGCUAAAGAUGCUUUACUUUCUAUGAUCCAACACGGUGCAGCUGAUGUGUUUAAAAGUGAUGAGAACAACUCAGACAGCACUCCUGCGCCCGAGGGUCCUGCUCAGGGAGGCGAUUUUGAUUUGGAUGCGUUGUUGGCUCGCUCUGAGGACAAGACUCGUAUGUUAAAUGCCAAGUACGAAACGUUAGGUCUCGAUGAUCUGCAAAAUUUUGAGAAGGACUCUGCCUACGAAUGGAACGGUACAGAUUUCAAGAAGAAGUUGCAAAAAGAUAUUGUGAGUCCGUUGUGGAUCCAUCCUUCAAAGCGUGAAAGAAACUACAACUAUUCAGUAGAUGGGUACUACAAAGGCGUUUUACAAGCGAGAAGGGCAGGCACCCCAUCUCACUCGAGGAUGCCUAGAGGCCGAUUUUUCAUGUCACACCAAUUGCAGUCAGCAAAGCUAAAGUUCCUAUACGAAAAGGAACGCAUGUGGUUGGCAAAGAGUAAUGGCUACGAACCGAUACUCGAUGAUGCUCGCCACACAUUCCCUAAUAGUUUCGAUACUACCGGUGACAGUGAAGGGAGCCAAGAGAACAACGCUAAUCUUUUACAAUUACUCAAAAUCAUGAUUUCCAAUGCGCAACCCUUGACUGAGGAAGAGGAGGAAGAAAGAGUUGAAUUGGAGGCUGAAGGGUUCCCUAACUGGACGAAAAACGAGUAUCGUAAGUUUGUAUCUUGUUGUGCGAAACACGGCAGGAAUUCCAUCGAAGCAAUUGCCAAGGAGUUGGCACCUGGGAAGACGUUAGAGGAGGUGACCACAUAUGCUGCGGCGUUCUGGUCUAAAGUCCAGUAUGUUGAUGAGUACGAGAAGAGUGUGAGGUACAUCGAAUCUGAGGAGGAGCGCAUUAAGGCAGUGAAGUAUCAACAAGAGGCCCUGCGGAGGCUCAUGUCACGCUAUUUGAAUCCGUUGACGGACAUUGUGCUGAAGUACCCACCGUACUUGAAGACCUUCACUCCCUUUGAGGACAAUUUUGUGCUGUUAAUGCUGUACAAGUAUGGUAUCGAUCGGCCGGACAUUUACGACCUGAUGCGGAACGAAGCGAGACGAAACGUGUUGUUUGAGACAAAUUAUGUGAUGAGAUCAAGGUCCAGCAAUGAUUUUGCGAAACGUGGGGCACAGCUGUUAGCAAGUGUCCAAAAGGAGUUCAACACUGGCCUAGAAGUGACAAAAGAGUUGACGCAGAGGAUGAAAGAGGAGGACGCUCUUGCACAGAAAGAACAAGAUGCCCUGGCACAUGCAAUUUCACCAUCACCAGAAGAGGACGAUCCCGCUGCCAAGAGGAUCAAACUUGAAUAA